AAAGUGGAUGAAAUUCAUCCAGACCCAUUAUGCUAGCGGAAAAGGAGAGCGUCCACGAUGGGCAAAUGCUGGCCUUGAGUUUAUUGUGUUCACUUGUGACCCAAAUAAUACAGUGCAACUUAACUGAUGAUGACUUUAAGAAAUUUGUUGAAGAAAUAGAAGACUGUCGUUUGUAUAUAAUUGGAUCUGCUCCUGAAACACCACAACCCACAACUCCUUUGACACCUGUGCUACCACGGCACUUUAGGUCUUCAUCUGCUUCAUCACUCAGUCAGUUGCCUCCAGAUAAAUCUUUAUAUCAGUCACCUGCCACUGGGGACAACUCUCCUGCAAUUAAUCCAACAGACAGUCCAUUACUAAUAAGGAGAAAUGUAUUACGAAGAAGUUGUCAUAGUAUGGAGAAGGCAAAUGACCAUAACGAUGGCAGCUCACCAGGCACCACAG